AUGCUGCAGCAGAUGCUGUGGGAGCAAGCCAAGUGGACCCUUCUAGACGCCAUUCGCAGCGGCAAUGCGACGGCCGGCGGCGUUGCGACGGGAGAUGGUAACCACACUCUCCCGAAAGGGUCUAUCGUGGUUCGCGUGCCGUAUGGCGCUCCUCCUCCGGGGCAGUCGUCGGGUGUUGGGACUGGGGCCGAUGCCCCGCAGUUGAGCGCAAAUUCCGCCCCGCUCGCCCUCGUGAGCCCCCUCGUGGCUCUCCGCGUGUUCGACCUCUCCCCCCUGCUCCUCGCCAAAGGUCCACGCGCGGGGGAAGCUAGUGCGCAGGCGGAGGGGGACGGGACGGGGGAGGUGAUGGGGGCGGAGGAGGAGGCGUGGGAGGUGGUUGCGCCAGGGCCUGCGCGGAUUGAGGUGAGGCUGGCGGUGGAAGGGGGGAAGGGAGGGGAGCAACGGCCAGGCGGACAGGCAGCGGGGCAAGCACGGCGCACAGGAGCUGGUGGUGAUAGUGGUGAGACCUACUGCGCUGUGAUAGGUGGAGGCACCAGCGGUGGCGGCAGCGGGAGCGGUGGUGGUGGUGAUGGGGGCGUGGCCUGGGACACGUCGCCGGUCUUGACACGUGCAGAGAAGCGCAGCAUCAGCAGCAGCAGCAGCAGCAGCAGCAGCUCAUCAGGCUCUAGCUAUGUGUGCACAUCCCCACGGCUGGGUACCUACACACUCGUUCAAUACCUGCAGUCACCCGAUGGACCUACUCCUUCCCCCUCGCCUUCCCCCUCUCCUGCUCCUUCUCCUCCCCCCACACCUUCUCCCUCCCCUCCCCCCUCACCUUCUCCCUCCCCUUCCCCCUCACCGUCCCCCGCCCCUUCCCCUUCACCGUCCCCUUCCCCCACUCCCGUCCCUACUCCCCCACCUGACAGCUCCGCUCCACCUCCCACCACCACCACCACCACCUCCUCUUCCUCUUCCUCCUCCCUGUCCUCCCCAAAGCUGGUGCUGUCGCUGGCGCUGGUGGCGGCUGCGAGUGUGGCGAUGGUGGUCUUCGCCUGCAUCCUCACGCACCUGCUGUGCCGCAUUCGCGAGUGGGACGAGGAGGCCAAGGAGGCGGCGGGGGUAGUGAAAGCCACUGUUCCUCUGUGCGCCUCUCUACCACAGGUGCACCAUCGCCUCCCUGCUCUUGCUCUUGCUCUUGCUCUUGCUGUUGCUGCUGCUGCUGCUGCUGCUGCUGCUGCUGCUGCUGCUGCUGCUGCUGCUGCUGCUGCUGCUGCUGCUGCUGCUGCUGCUGCUGCUGCUGCUGCUGCUGCUGCUGCUGCUGCUGCUGCUGCUGCUGCUGCUGCUGCUGCUGCUGCUGCUGCUGCUGCUGCUGCUGCUGCUGCUGCUGCUGCUGCUGCUGCUGCUGCUGCUGCUGCUGCUGCUGCUGCUGCUGCUGCUGCUGCUGCUGCUGCUGCUGCUGCUGCUGCUGCUGCUGCUGCUGCUGCUGCUGCUGCUGCUGCUGCUGCUGCUGCUGCUGCUGCUGCUGCUGCUGCUGCUGCUGCUGCUGCUGCUGCUGCUGCUGCUGCUGCUGCUGCUGCUGCUGCUGCUGCUGCUGCUGCUGCUGCUGCUGCUGCUGCUGUUGUGGUGGCAGCGGCAGCGGUGGCAAGAGCCCGUGCUGUCGUAACAGGCUGUAUUGCUGCUGUACCGGAUCCUGCUGUGCCGCCUUAA